AUGUCAUUCUCUAAUCCUCGGGUAGAACUCAACUCUCAACCAGAAUGCAAUUAUUACACGAGCCUAGUGCGAAACUUGAAAACUGCUGUCAUACCCACGUUUACUUUAGAAUCGGGUCAACAGCUCCACCGAGUACCUAUAGCCUACAACGCCUGGGGCACCUUGAGUGAGGAGGGAGACAAUGUUCUCUUAAUCUGCCACGCACUCACUGGAAGCAGUGAUGUGGAGGAUUGGUGGAAACCCUUGAUCGGCCGAGGAAAGGCUGUCGAUACAAGCCGAUUCUUUGUCAUUUGCUUCAACUCACUCGGGUCGCCGUACGGCUCCGCAUCACCAUUAAGUACAGACCCGGUCACUGGGAAGACCUAUGGGCCAAGCUUUCCAGAUACCACUUUUAGAGACGAUGUGAGGAUACAGAAAAUGGUUCUCGACACGCUGGGAGUCAAGCGGAUUGCAUCGGUCAUCGGUGGAUCGAUGGGCGGCAUGAUCGCGCUUGAGUGGCCUUUGUGUACACCUCCAGGUUACGUUAAGACAAUCAUCCCCGUAUCGACCUCAGCUUAUCAGACUGCAUGGGGGAUUUCUUGGAACACAUCGCAAAUACGAUGUAUCCAAGCCGAUUCACAAUUUUGCGGAGGGUACUAUGCUCCUCAUCCUCAAAGUCAGCCCGUACAAGGCUUGGGGGCCGCAAGAAUGAUUGGAAUGCUCACCUACCGAUCAUACACUUCUUUUGAAUCACGAUUCGGUCGACGCAAGUCUGGAUCAAAACAGCCGUCGCAGUCUUUCUCGAGACCGAUGACCUCCUUACCCUCUCCACCACCAACUGAGGCAGGAGACGACAUCCCCGACACAGCAGCCUCGAAAAGAGAGGCGCACAAUUUCGGCCCGACUACAAUAUAUUCAGCCCAAAGCUAUAUGCAGUACCAAGCGGACAAGUUUUUGAAGCGCUUUGACGCCAAUUGCUACAUCCACCUUUUGCGAAAGAUGGACUCUCACGAUAUUACAAGAGGGCGGACUACAACAAUGCUAUUGCCGUCUGAAGAGCAUCCCAGCACUGAAAGCGUGGCCGCCGUUCUGGCGACAUGUACAGCACCUGCACUUGUGGUAAGCAUAGAUUCAGACCUGUUGUUUCCGUCUGAACAGCAGACACUCCUGGCAAAUUCUCUACCUCAAGCAAAACUUAUGAAGCUUGACUCUUCCGAUGGACAUGACGGCUUUCUGCUAGAAAUGUCAGCUAUGGAAGAACCGAUCAGUACAUUUCUUAGGGACCACAAUGCCAACAUCUUCGAAGCUCCUGUCUUCGGUGACGACGAAGACGAUAACGAAGAAGUUGUAACGGAUAGUGUCUUCGGCGAGUUGGAAUCCUUUUAA